AUGACCGCAUUCACUUCAGACGCCGCUGCUUUGGAGGCAGCAGGAAAGAAGCAAGUGUUGAAGCGAGAAUGGAACUUUUGGGCAUUGCUGGGUAUGUCGGCAUGCACUCUAUGCACAUGGGAAGCCACGAGUGCCCUGUUUGCCGGUGCUUACAGCAAUGGCGGCCCUGCCUCUGUUGUGUACGGAUUUAUCGUGUCUGCGCUCGGAACUCUGUGUAUCGCCGGAUCCUUUGCUGAGAUGGCCUCUAUCUCGCCAAUCGCUGGAGCUCAGUAUCACUGGAGUGCAGAGCAUUCGCCUCUCAGAUGGCGCGCAAUCAUCAGCUACGUGCAGGGCUGGGUCACCAUCACUGGAUGGGUCGCAGCCGUGGCAUCCGUAUGUUACUUGAUUGCAACCAUGAUCCAAGGCGUUGCGAUCCUAAAUUAUUCCGGAUAUGACGCGAAGCGGUGGCAUGCAACACUCAUGAUGAUUGGGUUUGCUGGCGUCGCCGCACUGGGAAACACCUUUGGCAAGAAGUUUUUACCGCUUUGGGAGACCUUGGGAGGGUUUCUUCACGUGCUAUUCUUCUUCAUCAUUUUCAUCGCCAUUCUAGCGACUAGCACGAAGGCCAGCGACAAGGACGUUUGGGGUACAUUCAUUAACGCCAGCGGCUGGACCAGUGAUGGUGUCAGCUUUUGUAUUGGGUUCCUCACACCGGCCUUCGCACUCGCGGGCGUUGAUGCGGUCGUCCACAUGAGCGAGGAAGCGUACAAUGCGCCUCUCAAUAUUCCGCGCGCGAUGAUUUGGUCAGUCACAAUCAACGGAUUGGCUGGCUUUGCAUAUAUCAUCACCAUCCUCUACGCCAUCACCGAUGCCGAUACCGUUCUCUCGACCCCUACUGGAUUCCCUAUUAUUGCAGUUUUCCUGCAAGCCACCAACAACCAGAAGGCUGCGACCGCGAUGAUGACUGGAGUCAUUAUCGUCUUCACCAUGAACCUCUUUGGAUGCACAGCAUCAGUCUCCCGCCUAAUCUGGGCGUUUGCGAGAGAUCAUGGUGUUCCAUUUUCCGGCUUCUUCUCGCACAUCACCCCUUGGAAUAAGUGUCCAACCAAUGCCGUCCUCGCAAUUUUCGUUUCCGUCUCCCUUCUAUCCCUUAUCAACAUUGGAUCUACCACUGCUUUCAAUGCCCUGAUCUCUCUGACAACGCUGGGCUUUUACUUUUCCUACGCCAUUCCCACAGUCAUGUUCGCUAUACGCCGCUUCAACACCUCCAACCCUAUCAAUUUUGGACCAUGGACAAUGGGAAAAUUUGGUCUUUUGGUCAACAUCCUUACGGUCGCAUUCUGCGUUUUCCUCAUCAUCUUCUUGCCAUUCCCACCUUAUCUUCCAGUCACAGGACAGAACAUGAAUUACGCUUCUCCUGUAUUUGGGUUCGUUAUGAUUUGUGCUACUCUCAACUACAUCCUACGGGCUCGCAAGAAGUUUACCGGCCCUAUCAAAGAAGUCAGCAGCGAGACUAGCAGUGAAGAGGUGGCUCAUGAGUCUGUCGUUGCAGAGAAGAUUACUGCCAGCUCAUAG